AUGGGGGAGAUGCAUCCAACGGUUGCUGUGCCAUUUAUCCUAGGUAAAUUGAUCUGUGACACCGCUAGUGUAGAAAGUUGUAUGGAUGCUACAGAGUUGCCGAUGAUGGCUGACACAGCAAGCGUGUACAUGGAUUCAGAGACUCAAAGUUUGGCUAACUCCGUAGAUGGUGAAAAUGAUGUUUGUAGUUUUGGUGAUUCAGGAAGUGAAGUUAGUAAUUUUACGGUUUUCUCGGGGCCUGAAGAUAAUCGAAGUGAAGGGGCUUCCAGGUUGGUUAUCAUGUCUGAAGAUGAAAACAACUGGCUUGCAACUGAUGUUGUAGUCGGGAAAAGGGAAGAGGAUGGUUCCUCAUCAUUGGAGGGCGAUCAAGUUCUUGAUAGCUCGUGUUCUUUAUCUGUAGUGAGUGAUACUAGUAGCAUAUGUGGUGAUGAACUAUUGGGUUUCGAGAUCAAUUCUGAAACAGGAAUACCAAAUUUCGUAGGUAUUGAUCCUAUUGCAAAAACCAGAGAUUUGGGAGAGCCAAUUGUUAGUGGGGUUGUGGUUGAUUCUCUAUCUCUGGCGGUAGAUGAAGGGAAAAAUAUUGUAGAUGGUGUAAACUCAAAGUCUUCUACAGUUGUUGUUCAGUUGGAGAAAGGGUUAAGUGGAAGAGUGAGCCACAGCUUUUUUGAGGUCGAUUAUGUACCUCUCUGGGGAGUCACGUCUAUUUGUGGUCGAAGACCAGAAAUGGAAGAUGCAGUUGCGACUGUGCCCAGGUUCCUGAAAGUUCCUCUGCAAAUGCUAAUUGGUGAUCAUGUACAUGAUGGAAUGACUCAGCCGUUAAGUCAUUUAACGACCCACUUUUUUGGAGUCUAUGAUGGUCAUGGAGGCUCUCAGGUUGCAAAUUAUUGUCGGGAUCGCAUUCAUUCUGCUUUGGCUGAGGAGUUGGAAGUUAUUAUGGCCAAUCUGAAUGAUGGAAAUAGUAAGGAUAAUUGUGAAGAACGAUGGAGAAGAGCAUUAACUAAAUGUUUUCUCAAGGUUGAUGAUGAGAUUGGAGGGAAAGCUAGUCUUGAACCCGUUGCUCCAGAAACUGUUGGAUCGACUGCUGUUGUUGCCAUAGUUUGUUCGUCGCACAUCGUAGUUGCUAAUUGUGGUGAUUCAAGGGCUGUCCUAUGCCGUGGUAAAGAACCCAUGGCGCUAUCUGUGGAUCAUAAACCAAAUCGGGAAGAUGAAUAUGCCAGAAUUGAUGCAGCUGGCGGCAAAGUAAUUCAGUGGAAUGGACAUCGUGUUUUCGGGGUCCUUGCAAUGUCGAGGUCUAUUGGGGACAGAUAUUUGAAACCUUGGAUUAUUCCGGAUCCUGAAGUAAUGUUCAUCCCUCGAACUAGAGAAGAUGAAUGUCUUAUUCUGGCUAGUGAUGGCUUAUGGGAUGUCAUGACAAACGAGGAGGUUUGUGAUAUGGCUCGCAAAAGGAUUCUAGUCUGGCAUAAAAAUAAUGGCGCAACGCUUCCCUUAGAAAGGGGUGAAGGAAUUGAUCCUGCAGCUCAAGCUGCUGCUGAGUACCUGUCAAACCGUGCUCUUCAAAAAGGCAGCAAGGAUAACAUUAGCAUAGUUGUGGUCGAUUUGAAAGCUCAAAGAAAGAUUAAGCGGAGGACCUGA